AUGUUUCUGAAGGCCAAUUUUCUGAUGCCCGUUCCCGCAGCGCACAGCGAACGAGACAUCAUCGAGUCCUCAACACGAAGUGCAUUCAUGCGACCUUUUACUCCGACCACCAGGAAAUUUUCUGGUCCUGCUGCAAAGAGCUCGACGCCCGUCCGCUCCAUUCUCAAGCCUGCAUCUGUCUUGGGUAGGAGAAAAGCCGAGGAUGCUGGUCUCAGCGACCCGAUCGACGCCCCCGAAAGUCUCACAAAACGUCGCAAAGUUUUGUUUGACGAUAUCCGAAACGUGACCGUGACGUACGAGGUUGGGAAGAGAACAAUGGACAUGGUGAAGCUUGAAGUCAGGACUGCCCUCGAGGAGCACCUCAGAGGAAACGAUGGUCAGUAUGACACGCUCAAGGAACUCUUUGCCAGCGACAAGCAACGAUACCUGCCCCCUGUCGUCGGGGAAGAAGAUGAUACCCUAAAACCGCAUGAACUACAGGUCUACGUCGUGGCUCUCACUGGAUGUGUUCCCAUCCUCAAAGACAGGGCUUGCAACGGCCUUGUCAAGACCGUCCUGAACUGCUCCUGGCUCGGCCGUGACGAUGCCUUCGUCAAAGUUUUCACACAUUUUCUCGCUGCCCUAGUCAGCGCCCAGGGUUCUUAUCUAUCGCCCGUUCUAUCGAUGAUGGUUGAGAAAUUCACAGACAGUCGAUCCGACGUGUGGAGUGUCCCGGAUUUCCCCGAGGUCAACCGCGAAACAAUGCGCGAUAGACUGCAUCGCACAUUGCAGUAUCUGCUCCAGAUGUUUCCAUCCGCCGUUCCCGUGCUAAAGGGCCUCCUUGGCUCCAAAUUCCCAUACCAAGACGGGUCAAUGCGAGUCCAUAUGAGCUACGUGAAUAACUUGCUCCGCGUCAAGGAUUACCUGCCAGACUCGCGCGAUGAGGUGUUUGAUCUCAUCCUCAAUCGAGUAGUGAAGAUUGACUCCCAGAUGCAAGUCGAUCUGGAAGAUGUGGAUGACGAAAGGACUGCAUCCGUUAUGUACGCACUAGAAAAACAACUGUUUACAGCGGACUGGGAGAAGGACAACGGCGAUGACGACGAUGAUAGCGAUGCAGAAUCGGUCGAUAGCGACGAUCCUGAUUACGACACAGAGGCCGCCAAGAUCAAGUUGAUCAAGGAGAAUGUUGAAAAGAUGGACGCCAUGUUGGACACCCUUUUCCGCGUGUACACUCCUUAUUUUGACAACCCAGGCUCUGGCGUAGCUUUCGACAUGUUUACUGUCUUGUUACGAGAGUUCGAGUACAUGGUGUUGCCCACCUACAAGUCUCGGCACACCCAAUUCCUCAUCUUCCAUUUCGCCCAGAUGCAUGAGCGUCUUACAGAUGCAUUUUGCGGUCAGCUUAUCACCACUGCUUUCAAGAGUAACACAGCCAAUUCCACUAAGCAGGCAGCUGCAUCAUACCUCGCCAGUUUUGUGGCCCGUGGCGCUCGACUUCCUGCCAACUUGAUUCGCACCAUAUUUGGACUCCUUCUUCAUCACCUGGACAUUUACCGCAAGAAAUACGAACCCCUUUGUCGUGGACCAGACCUAAGGCGAUUCCACCCCUACUACAGCCUCGUCCAGGCGACACUUUACAUCUUCUGUUUCCGCUGGCAAGAUCUCAUUGUCACGGCGCCGGAAUCCGCGGACCCCGAAGACCCUGCGUCUUAUAUUGGCCAGGAGAUGGAGUGGAUGGGAACAUGCAGGAGGGAUCUAUCAGCGCAAAUAUUCGGCAAACUCAACCCACUCAAGGUCUGCGCACCCGGCAUCGUUGAAGAGUUUGCCAGAAUAGCGCACCGCCUCAAUUUCAUGUACAUCUAUCCUCUGAUCGAAAGCAACAAGCGUAUCCGUCUGUCGCAAUACUUGACGGCGACUUACUCAACAGGAGGAGCUCUUCGAGAUGCUGGGUACGACAUGCAAGAUGAGAGCUUCCACCAGUUGGACCCUUACUUCCCGUUCGACCCAUACCAACUGCCAGUCAGUAAACGGUGGCUGGAGAAUGACUAUGUGGAAUGGAAGUCAAUAACAGGACUGAACGCGGAAGAUGAAGACAGCGACGAUACGGAUGAAGAGGACGAGCCCGAAGAGGAAGAGUUCGAAGACAGAACCUCGACAGACAGCGACGGUGAUGACUACGAGACAAAGCACAAAGGAGUCAUCUGUGAAGGGCCCGAAUGUGCUGCUGCGCCGCAACGGAGAGGACGGAAGAGUAGGGGAGUGAGCAGUGAGUCACCUGAGAAUAGUAGCGAGGCAUCACCUGAGAAACCUCGCAAGUCUCUCACCGCUACUGAAAAGGCAAAGCUUCGCCGCACCCAAGUCCGAAGAGCUCAGAUCCAGCACCGGCAACGCAAAGCAGAGUACCAGAAGCAGCUCGAGGUCGACAUCACACACUUCCGUGAACUCAUCGCCCUGACUGAAUUCGAAUCGGAGCAGCUGAAAAAGGACAACACGUCCAUCAGAGCCCUCCUUGCUAGCCAGGGCAUCGCGGUCCCACAAUGCAAAUCCGACCGCUGCUCAAUAAAUCAUCGUGUCACGAAAGAUGUUGUUGCUGGUCGUGAUGAUGCUUGGGUUGAUGAGGCGUUGGGCGUGAGGCAAAGGACGGAGGAUGUGACCUCGCCGCAGUAUGAUGAUGACGGUGGAGAGUUAUUCGCGGAUGUCAACGUCGACGAUAUUAUUGUUACGCUCAAAAAGGACGAUUCCAUGGUGACGCCUGCUUUUAGUAUCCGGCCCAACGAUUCAAGUACCAACGCGACAAGUCCUCCAUCGCCGCCACCAGAUCUGAAUCUAACCCCCUAUGAAGAACAAAAAGCCGUCAACUUCAUCCUAUCCCUCGAGCAUAUCUGCUGGGAUCACUUCUUUGUCGGCGAUUACCCUUCACAUUCUCAUCUUUCAAACGAUGAAGCAAAGGGUCACACUCUCAUGGCUUCUUCACUUUGCAUGGCUAAUGCCCCAUUCGACGUCUUUGGUGAUCGCAAACUCAUCUCAUCAGCAACAUCCUGUCACAACCGUAGCAAUCUCGGCCUGGAUCCUUACGUACCUCCCGUUCACCUGGAAUGGCCAUCGCCUCGGAUAUCUCUCUCUUCACUCUACGGUCUUGCACAAAGUCUCAACCCAGGAGACCUAGAAAUCACGCCCGUCCAAGCUUGGUUCGAGCUUACCUCCCGAUUUGACAAGAGCUUACUGCUAGAACGACUGGACCUACUGGGCGCGGAACUAGUGGGAGUUUCCAAGUGUUUGGAGUUCGGAGCUGUCAUGGAGAAGGAUUCUUUCGAGAGUGUCGUGGCAAGAGUAUAUGGAGGUACCCUGGAAGAAGCCAUGGCUUCUGCGGCUUUGCUCGAUCAACCGCCCAACGUUUGUAGUAUUGCUUCAGGGGGUACACGAGGCAGUUGCUUAGCUACUCCAGCAGGUUUUGUGGGAUAUGCUCAGGGCUGA